AUGACUCCUCCACUUUCCUCACUCUUCGAGGUUCAGGAGAUUCCCAAUGCCGGACGCGGUGUCAUGGCCAGAUGUGCCAUCCCAGCUGAUGUUCUGAUUCUUCAAAGUGGUCCGCCGGCCUUUCAUGUGAUUUUCCGGCAGUACAGAACAGAAACUUGCGGCUUCUGCUUUCUAUGGGACCGUGGACGGACGCUACCAAUCAAGGACGGCGAAAGUGCAAAAGCCUUUUGCUCGUCAACAUGUCAGUCGCGGUGGGUGGAAGAGCAAGGGGAGCUCGGCGUGAAAUCAUGGCGACUCUUGGCCUCCUUCGUCCGUGCCAAAGGCAAAGGCACAAAUACUGAUGACCUAAUGGCCGACGAACCCAAACCAGAUCAAAACGCCAUCAAAACUGCAUGGCAUGAUGCUGAGAUGGAUGCAAGAAUACUGCAAGAAAGCAGAUCUCCCGUGGAUUCCGGCCAAGUAACGAAAGCGAGCCGGAAACGCGCAGCCGCCAUCCAGCAGAAAAUCGGAAAGAAUGUGGACGCCAACAUGCUUUCAUACUUCCUGAACGGAGCGCUCCUGUUUCACAAGAAAUCCGCCAUGGUGGAAGACGUCAUGUGCCUUGCCAAGGACGAUACGCCAUAUCGAAAUGAAAAUGACCUUCGCAAGGGAUGUCACAGUUUUCUUCAACUCGUGUCUAUACUCCCAAUCGAACUGCUCUCCGUCCUAACCCCGCAACUUUGMCAGAUCAUGGUCCAAGCAGACAAUCACAAUGCUUUCGGCAUUCGUGGUGGCGGCGAAGAUAGCGAGGAAUACAKGGGAUAUGGCGUGUAUCCUUGUGCGAGCUACUUCAAUCACUCCUGCAAGCCUAAUCUGAAGAAGCGAAGGGAGGGAAGGUCGUGGGAGUUUCGUGCUGCUGUUGACAUUGCCGCUGGGGAUGAAUGUUGCAUCUCGUACCUUGGCGGUGAUGAAGAAGGUCUGAGCUUUGCGGAACGGCAGGGCAGGUUGGAGGAGGUGUGGGGAUUUGCGUGUCGUUGUGUGCGUUGUAUACAAGAAGGUGGUGAACAGACUCGUGACAUCCAAUGUUAG